AUGAAUGUGGUAAGGGUGGAAACGGUGGUAAAGCUGGGAAAGUGGCUUGCAAAGUGCCACAAAUCCGCAAACCGCAGCUCGACGACAGCGACAGCGACGAGGAAGAGGAAGAAGAAGAUGAAGUGCCGACCAAGAAGGCACCUGCGGCAAAAGGACAGCCGCAG